UUCAGUGUUAUUUGGUGUUGGGCCGUUAUGCCGAAGGAUUGCUUUGGUUGCACUGUUCGCUGUUGUGCAUUUCGGUUGUGCCGGUGUCGGAGGUGGUUGCGUUGGGAGCAGUUGUUGGUGCUGGGUGCUGAUGGAGUUGGUGCUCCUCUCUCUCUCCUUUGAGCGUCCACCUCAUUGUUUGAGGCUGCAAUGUUACCGAACUAAUACUGUGCCAGUGGCAAGCUGCGCGGCAACAGCAAUGACGUCGUCCACUAAUUAUGAUCGAAUAGCAGCAGCAUCCUGCCAGGAUGCCAAUGAUCGCCGUUGUGCGCAUAACAUCGAUGCGUGUGGUGUGCUAAAAGAUAUAACAUUUGUGAGGAUCACUUUGGACAGUAUGUAUAUGAACGAGGAGGAUGAGUUCAUCGAAGAAGUGAUCAGAAGCCGAUGUCUUUUUGGGUACCUCUUAUUAUGUUUUCGAUUAAUCCCCCACUCUUUCAAGAAAUAA